UGCUAGCAAGCACGUGAAGUCUAGUAAUUCACGGAGGGACCGACCCAUAUCCCCGACCACCACCAGAGAUAAAAUCAACGACCGAAGAAGCGUCAUUCGUAGAAUAAUAACCACGAUGGGAAGACUUUGCCAUUGUCGCUUGUGAAAUAUAGGUUAUUCAGUAUUGUUUCUUUCGACAAACUAUUAUUAUCACAAUGAUAAUAGGAUGUUGCUACUAAUAUUGGUCGUUUGAUAUCCGCGAGUGUUUCGCUUGACCGAAGCGAUAUUCUCUCGGUUAAACCUAUAUAAUGGCCGGAAAUUCAACUACCGACAUAGAUCUCGUUCAAGAAGUUAAAACACUGCUUUGGGGUUCUUCUGUCAAGGACGACGUCUUCAAACGAUGGUCCCAAGGUUUUUUCUUCAGUAAUGACGAACCAACUGCUCUUGUCCAAGAAGCGGGAGGACCCUGUGCGGUGAUAGCACCGGUGCAGGCAUUUAUACUGAAGCAAUUGCUGCUGCAAAAUGACAUGACAAAUUGGAAAGAGUUGAGUCUUGAGCAAUGCAAUUUACUUCUAGUCAGCGCAAUGACAGAGAUUGUGGCACAGGCUACCAAUAGAGAAAGACCCAGAUACUGCAUAGUUCACAUACCUAUGCAGAACAGCCCAACAGUCAACUGCCAAAAUGUUGACACAGGCGAGGCUGACCUUCAAUCUGAUUUGUCAGCUGAAAAAGCCGAUGAUGUUCUCCAAGAGGGAAGUACAACCAUAAACAGGCUUCACUUGGAACCUGAUUUUUUCCACUCACAAUUGAGGAUAUUAACUGUGGAUAGUUCGGAGGAGCUGAGAAAGUUCUUCUCUGACAAAAUUGAAAUGUUGAAAAAUCCUUUUGGAGUUUUGUUACUGCUUUACACGGUUGUAUGUACAAAAGGUUUGGCUGGGAUGCAGCAGGAAAUGUCUGAUCCAACCGAGCCACUGAUAGACUCGACUUACGGCUAUGGCAGUCAAAGUUUAAUUAAUUUAAUGCUGACCGGACGUGCAGUUGGACAUGUAUGGGAUCACGAUCAAGACAUAGGUGGACUCAAACUGCGAGGAAUAGACAAACAAAAUGCAGUUGGUUUCUUAGCCCUGUUGGAACACUUGAGAUACUGUGAAGUGGGAACGUUUUUAAAAUCACCGUCGCAUCCCAUUUGGGUUCUCGGUUCUGAGACUCACUUGACAGUUCUGUUCUCUUCUGAAAGACGACUCGUAAGUUCCGAGACUCCAGCGGAGCAUGCUCGGAGGGUUUUUCAAAAGUUUGACCCUGACGGAUACAAAUUUAUCUCAGCCAACCUACUGCAAGACGUCCUUGCCGAAUUGGAUCUUGUCGCUGACUCAGAAUAUGUCGAGAUUAUGAAGAAGAAAUUGGACAGUGAAUCUCUGGGGAUAAUUUUACUUGCUGCGUUUAUGGAAGAAUUUUUUCCUGACGAUCCAAGGAUGUGCCCAGAUACUUUUACGUUGUUCCAUUACAAUGGAUUACCACGCAGCAAUAUAGACAACAAAGUCGUAUAUCGUAGGGGGCAAGCAGUUUUGCUGGAAUGUACAGUAAAAUGUAUUUUAGAUAGUAAUCCGAUGUUGACGGUGUUGCAAACGAAAUGGCCCAGUAUUGAAAUACAGUGGGACAAAGAACAGACGCCUAGUUUGAACUAGUGAAAUCCUUCAAGAACACUUUUUUGGUGAAUAGUGGAUUGUAGUCACAGCAAAUCUAGACUAUGCAUCAAAAUCAAGGAUGGCCCAUGUGGGGAAAAGAAGCAUGUUUCAAAUACACUUAGUCAUACGAUUUCAAAUGAAUACCUCAAGUAAUCCAAGAUAUCACGCAUCUCGGGAUCGCGGCAGUUUCAUUUAUUAGAGAAAUGUAUUAUAACACUGUUGAAAUAAGCCGAACCAGCAUAUUCUCUGUAAUGGCUACAACAGUUGGAUCGUAUUCAUUGUACAUAUUUAGUGAUAUCCAGUGAUUCCUUGGGGUAUGUUUGACUUACCGACAACAUGGAACAAAUUUAUAUUAUUGAUUCUUUCAUGAUUCGGUCAUCGAUAUCACUUUUUUUGAGUGGUAUAUGCUCUCCAUGUACGCUCUCUAGAGAGCACCUUUGACUUUGCCAGGGGUUCAAAAUUUUGAAUAAGAUGGAAUUGAAUUUUGGUCAAGAUCUCGACUCUCAUCCAGGCAAUUUCCUCUGUUCUAAAAUUAAUUCGAGAUCACCGUUUGUUUGGCGUUUUAAUAGUAAUCUUCAAAAGUUCAUUCAAUUGAUUUUAUUGGAGCGACUAAAUUUCCCAUAAAAAUAAAAAUAUUCUAUAGAUUUACAAAGAAGUAAGUUAUUGAAAAAUUUGUUUUAUGCCUCAGGACUUAACGUCUGGUAGUAGCAAUCACACAAUAGGGAAAUACUUUUCUAUUUACAGCAAUAAGUGUAAUGUUUGUGGAGAAAACUGCAUGGAUAACUAUGUCGUAUUCUAGGAUCUUUUUUGAACAACAUAUUCAUUCGUAAAAUAUAACAGAUUUCAUUGCAUUAUUAUCGACAACUAUUUAUUAUUAUCUAACAACUAUUACGUUUUGCAUAGUUAGGCAAUGAUUAGCGUUCAAUUUCGAUAAAUAUGUUGUUAAAUAUGACUAUUGUACACUAUAACUAAUGAACUAUUUAUGGCACUAUUUCCCAACCACUGAUCUCUAUAUUCUUGCGACCAUUGAGCAGAAAACGAAUGAACUCAUAACUUGCCUCACGUUAUGAAUCAUUUCGUUUGUUCAAAUAAAAGUUACAUGUUUUGAGA